UGUCUGAUGCUUGCUUGCAUGGAACAUGAUUUUCAAAAACGUUUUAACAAUCUUGAUGCCUACACAAUAAUCCAGCAACUUAGAACAAUGUUCGAAAAGAAUGCUCGAUUAGAGAGAUUUGAAGCUAAUUGUAAACUUUUGGAAUGCAAACUGGGCAAGGGAAAACCCGUCGGACCCCAUGUGUUCGCCUUGAUAGGGCAUUUUCAAGUCAUGGAAAAGUUGGGUUUUCCUUAUCCCAAAGAGCUGGCCACUGAUAUUGUGAUCAGAUCCUUGCCAGAAACUUUUGAUGCUUUCAGAUUAAAUUUUUACAUGCAAGGAGGGGAAGCAACCUUGCCAGAAUUGCACGGUAUGCUUGUUCAGGCUGAAAGGAGCUUACCUUCUGAACCCGCACUGAAAGAUGUGCUCAUGGUCAGAAAUAAUAAAAAGUUCAAGAAGAAAGGGGCUCCUAAAUGGAACGGCAAUGGAAAGGUAGUUACCACUAAUGCCUCUUCCAAACCAAAGGCUACUCCAAAGGCUAAAGUAGCAGCACUACAUGAGUGCUACCACUGCCACAAGAUUGGCCAUUGGAAGAGGAACUGCCCCGUCUAUCUGGAAGAAAAAAAGUCUGGUGCUUUAUCUUCAGGGUCUAAAAAGAAGUAGAAACUUGAGCAAAGGUGAGGUGGAUCUCCGAGUCAGAAAUGGAGCAAGAGUUGCUGCUUU